CCGAGGGAGAGCGCGGCCGGAGGAGGGUGUGUUUUUCCUCUCACUGCAGCAUCAGCACGGCACUGAGGAGCACAUUGCACAGUGAAGAAGAAAAAGGAGGAGGAGGACAGCAGCAACAGAUAGGCCACAGCAGGAGUUGUUGCAGGAAAAGGAGCAUCCGUGGAGAAAAGACAUUGUGGCUUGAACUCCGAGGAGAAGACGCCGAGGCCUGUAAUUGUGCGUGACUUGGCGGGGCGUUGAUUGGACAGUGAGCGAUGAUGGACGUGCAGCGACAGCAGACUGGCAGUAGGGGGCGGUGCUCCAGCAUCCUCCCCCCUGUCCUCCCCCUCUCCCUUCUCCUCCUACUCACCCUGGCGAGCCACCCCAGCCAAGCCGCCAUACACAUUCCACCCAACUACCACAUAAGUGACCUCAAGAGGCCUCCAGCCAUCACCACACAGCCGGGCUCAGUCACCGUUUUCAGCGUUGAAGACCUCGUCAUGACCUGCGAAGCCUCUGGCAACCCUCCACCCAUUUUCCGAUUUACGAAGGAUGGAGAGGAGUUUGAUCCAGGCACCGACCCCGAGCUGAAAGUGACUGAGCGCCCCGGUUCGUUCGCCUUCUACACGCUCAGUAACACAAUGGACGCCAUGAAGCAGUACCAGGGCAAAUACGCGUGUUACGCUUCCAACGAGCUUGGCACGGCCGUCUCCGGUGAGGCCAUAAUCAACACUGAUGUCCCACCAACACAGCAGAAAGAGAAAAAAGUCCAUGUGAGGUCUGAGGAAGGAAGCAGUAUUGUUCUGAAGUGUAACCCCCCACAGAGCUCGAUGGAGCCCAUCAUUCACUGGAUGGACUGGAAGCUCCGUCACAUCCAGCUGAGUGAGCGGGUGAUGGUGGGCAAAGAUGGUAACCUCUAUUUUGCCUACCUUAAAAAGGAGGACAGCAGGGCUGACUACACCUGCAAUGUCCAGUACCUUGCCACUCGCACCAUCUUGGCCAAAGAGCCUGUCACUCUGACCGUCAACCCCUCCAACUCAGUGCUGCGGAACAGGAGGCCCCACAUGAUGAGACCUACUGGCAGCCACAGCACUUACCAUGCACUCAGGGGCCAGACCUUAGAGCUGGAGUGCAUCGUCCAAGGCUAUCCAACUCCCAAAGUGUUGUGGGUUAGGAAGGACGGGGAAAUGUCAGAAUCCCGCACCGACAAAGAGAUGUUUGACCGCCGUUUACGCUUCACCAAUAUCUCUGAGAGCGAUGCAGGGGAGUAUCAGUGUAUAGCAGACAAUUCCCAAGGGAAGACCACACACACUUACACGGUGGCUGUGGAAGCUGCUCCCUAUUGGACAAAAGAGCCAGUCAGCCAAUUAUAUGCUCCAGGUGAGGAUGUCAGACUAGACUGCCAGGCAGAAGGCAUUCCUACUCCAACCAUCACCUGGAUGAUCAACGGAAUCCCCCUCUCAUCGACUGACCGAGACCCUAGACGUACUGUAACACCCAGUGCCUCGCUCAUCCUGAGAGAUGUCGAUUUUGGAGACACUGCAAUCUACCAGUGCCAGGCCUCCAAUAAACACGGAACUAUUCUCAUCAACACUAACAUUUAUGUCAUUGAGCUGCCACCCCAAAUUUUGACUGAGGAUGGCAACACCUACACGGUUACCGAGAGCCAGAAGGUGUUGCUUGAGUGUGAAAGCUUUGGAUCUCCUAAACCAAAAGUCAUAUGGAACGGUGGGAGCGCCUCCAACCUUCUGGCGGAUUCCAGAGUCAACCCUCUCACCACCGGGGGACUGGAGAUCUUCAAUGUCACACACGAUGACGAGGGCUUCUACACUUGCUCUGUGCAGAACACCAACUUGUCCAUCAGUGCGGCCCUGGAAGUGCUUAACAGGACCGUGAUCCUAUCGCCUCCUCAGGCUCUGAAGGUGCAGCCGGGACAAGCUGCCAUCUUUACUUGUCUUUCUCUUGUGGACCCCAAGCUCGCCUCGCCACUCAUUCAGUGGAGAAAGAACGACCACAAGCUGUUUGCGUCUGAAAGUGAUGAAAAGUACACAUUCGAAGGACCGGACUUGAUUAUUGCUAAUGCAGAACCUGAUGAUGAAGGAAAUUACACUUGUCAGGUCAUCACUAAUCUGGACAUGGCCGAAGCGACCGGAACACUCACUAUAUAUGAUCGUCCAGACCCGCCUGUCCUCCUACAACUUACACAACCUAAACAACGUACAAUUGCCCUCAGCUGGACUCCUGGAGAUGAACACAACAGCCCAGUGAUAGAGUACGUGAUUGAGUUUGAGGAUCAAGUCUCAAAUGAGAAGGGUUGGGAAGAGUUGAGCCGAGUAUCAGGGACCACAGAGCGUGCCAGUCUCUCUCUGUGGCCCUACAUGUCUUAUCGUUUCCGCGUUACUGCCAUCAACGAAGUAGGCAAGAGCGCUCCCAGCAAGGUGUCUGAAAUCUACAACACAGCUGCUGAAGUGCCAGACAAUAACCCGGAAGAUGUCAGGAGUGAGUCCGUUGACCCAGAUACGCUUGUCAUCACCUGGGAGGAAAUGGAUAAACGGGACUUCAACGGGCCGGACUUCAAGUACCGCGUCCUGUGGAGGCGGGUGGUGGGCAGUGGGCCCACUUGGCACACCAACUACACAACGGUGCCACCAUUAGUUGUUAGUGGAAUUGGCAACUUCUCCGCAUUUGAGAUCAAAGUGCAAGCUAUUAACGAAAAGGGCGGGGGGCCUGAGCCGGACCCUAUUAUUGGCUACUCAGGAGAAAAUAUUCCACUGGAGGCCCCCAUGAAUGUAGGUGUCGUCCUACUGAACAGCACUGCCAUCAGGGUGACCUGGGCUGCUAUAGAUAGAGAGACCGUCAGAGGACACCUGCUUGGCUACAAGAUUCACUUGACCAGGGUCGGUUCUCGGAGCCACCACAGAGCUCGAAGGGAGCCAGCCAUCACUGUUGUCGUGGCGACUGGGGCCAACGAGGAAAGGAAGGUGAUCGGCGAUCUCCAACCGUACUCCCACUACACCUUGACCGUCAGCGUGUACAACACCAAAGGAGACGGCCCGCCUUGUGAGACGCUGUCAUUCAACACUGCUGAGGGAGUUCCUCAUCCUCCAACAUCCCUGACCCUGGACAGUCCGUCUGAGAUGGAAAUGACCCUGCGCUGGACACCACCCAGUCAACCUAAUGGGAUUCUAAUUGGAUACCUGUUGCAGUACCAACGGAUUGUAGAAAGUGACGACAGCCCCAUGCAAGUGGAGACAAUUGACGAUCCGAAAAUGAGCCACCUCACCCUGAAGGGCCUGGAUCGCCACAGCCACUACCGCUUCUACCUGAGGGGACGCACUGCCAUGGGGGAUGGUGAGCCCAUCAUGAGGGAGGGUGCCACCACACUUGAUGGAGCACCCCCAGUCAACAUCAGCGUGCUUUCUGGCGAUAACGUUGCCAACAUCAGCUGGGUGGCCAAGAAGAGGCACAGGAAUGUUCGAUUCCAGAUCCACUAUCUUAGGGAGAAUGAUGCUGAUAAAUGGAAGAAGACAGAAAAGGUGGACUCCUCCCAGUCCUUCUACCAGCUCCAGGACCUGAGACCUGGCUCCCAUUACCACCUGCGAUUCACCCACAGCAAUGUCACCUUCUUUCAGACUGAGAUUGACACAAUGGGAACAGAAGUGACGGAGGUGCAGCCGAGCUUCGCCACCCAGGGAUGGUUCAUCGGUCUUGUGAGCGCCGUCGUGCUGCUGCUGCUCAUACUGCUCAUCCUCUGCUUCGUGAAAAGAAACAAAGGGGGGAAGUACUCAGUGAAAGACAAAGAGGAAGGCCCCAUGGACUCUGAGGCCCGACCAAUGAAGGACGAGACUUUUGGAGAGUACAGAUCUCUAGAAAGCGACCUGGAGGAGAAGCGUACGGCCAGCCAGCCGUCCCUGUGCGAGGAGAGCAAGCUGUGCAGCGAGGACAACCUGGACUUCAACGGUAGCAGCGUGCUGACCACAGAGAUCAACCUGGAUGAGUCGCUGGCCAGCCAGUACAGUCGGCCCAGCGAGGGCCGGGAAGUACCGGAUAACUCCCCGCUUAACCCCACCAUCGUUACCCCCGCCGCCAAUGGCCUGCCAAACCAAGUCACCAUCCUCGAUUAACCUCUACGCAUCGGCGCAGGAACCAUCAGACCAAAACAUGUCAACACAUACGUGCCCAUACGCUCCUUUUCCCUGCUGAGUAGUUUGACAACUAACACGCAAUCAAUGUAUUGACAAUUCAGACGCUUGUGGUGUCAUCUGAUGGACUUGGAAUGUUCUGACCAAAGUAGUGGACAACGUGACAUCAAUCUGACUAUCUUUAACUCUCUCCCGGUCCUCCUUCAUCGCUGUAACACUUUCUUUUCUUUAUCUUUUCUCGUCUCAAAAACAGAAUUUCGUGCAGUAGAAAGCGUGCUGUAAAUAUACAGAAAAGCAGCUUCAGAGUGAAAGUGAAGCAUGAUGGGACACAGAUGGCACACACUGCUGCUGCGGUGACACAUCGUAGAUAUUUAUCACCUUUUCUUUAAUUUGAAGGUUUCACACAAUGUAAUUGCCAAUGAUGUGUUACAAGUGUGUUUGAAUCCUUGUCACUAUUUUCAACACUAUUUAGCAUAUAGAAAAACGCCCUAUCCAUAUAUUUUGUGGACAUAACCAAGAGAACUGAAGCCAGGUUUCGUACCGUAAACAACACAGAAUGCAUUAGGAGGAACUUGCUGUUAAAAUGCCGAGUAGCAUCUGGUGUAUAUAUUUGCAUCUAAAUGUAUCUAUCUAGCCAUAUUACAGUAUUAUAGCUCCUGGUCCUUAUAAGUUCCUGUGCCUGCUGGGUUUUGCAUAGUGCACCAGAUUGAUGUCAUGACUUGCUCGCCUUUCCACCUCAAGUUUAAUGUCCAUAUUGGGAAAUGAUGUUGUAAUUUUUUGUGUCAAGACCUAUGUGUCCCUUUUUGUAUAUUGUCUUUGUUUCUGUCGACAUGUCCUGGCGUCCCUUUAUAUCUCUCCAUAUGUCACACUACCAUCUGUUCUCAGAGCAGUAUUUUGUGUAUGCUUGCAGAUAAUGGCUAAACACUCCCACUUUCCUGACUGUCAUUUACACAGUCUAAUAUUGCAGACAGGCAAGAUUAUUGACAGUCUUUGCAUAAUAAAGACAGUUGUUUUUUUUUCACAGGGAAUGUAUUUUUUUAAGUGCUGACAUUGCAUUUACACUUAAGCGCAACAAUUAUUCAGGCCAUGGCCAAAUCUUAAGUUAAAAUUAUUGUUUUAUUUGAUGAAUGGGUACCUUUUAGCCAUGAGAAAUUAAGUCAAAGACCAAUAGUUGCUGUAGUAAUAAUUUUUCCUGAAAUAAAAUAAGUUUUUAUUUUUUUUCUAUUUUCCCAUCCAAAUGUCUAAAUGUUGUAGUUUAUUGAUUCUCAAACAUUUUUCCACCAAGUACAACCUUACAAAAAACUUGUCUCUCCAACUACCACCAUAAUGACCUACAUUCAAAUACAGGCCUUCAUUAAAACAUAUAAGUUGUAUCUAAGUAUAUUUAAUAAUGCUGGCUAUUGUUACAUUGCACACAGUUUUAACAAUAACGCCGUGUUAAAAUAUAGGAAAAUAAAACACUGUACUUUUAUUGACUCGAUGGAGCCUGUGUGCUACUAAUGGUACACAUACCACAGUUUGAGAAUACCUGUUGUAGUUAGGUAUUGCAAAGUUAAACAUUUUUGGAUAAUGAAUUGGAAUAUUUUUACAAUUUACAACUGUAAAAUACAUAUUUUUCAUAUUUGUGAUACAUUUUAUUAAAUACAAUGUACACAACACAACCUCCAACCGUCUUUUCCCAAAAGUAAUUUCCCAAACUUAAAAAAAAAAAAAAUCUAUUUUUCUUCAUUUUAAAGAAAAAAUUUUUUUUUAACACAACCUUCAUAAUACUUUUCCACAAGACAGUAAAUUUACCUUCAAUACAAGAUUAUUAAUUACAAUUUAUUCAAAACAAUCUUCAACAGAAUAUUUUCCCAAAUUAGGAAAAAAGUAAGUAAGAUGUUUUUUCAAUUUUUUUUUUUAAUCCAAUACAAAAAAAAUAAUAUUAAAUAUACCCCAAAGGGAAUAAGCGGUAGAAAAUAGAUGGAUGGAUGGAUAUUUUACACAACCUGCAAUAUAUUUGUUUUAGCUAUAAAAUGACCAUUUAACUAGACCCAAAAAUGACCUUCAACCCUUGAUUUGGCCAUGCUAUGAAUCAUUUUCUGCCUUAAUUGUACUACAACGAUAUAUUAUGUUGAUGCAUACAGCAGGAUCUUUUCUUCCCGUAAAAAAUGUAAAUACAUCACUUAAAAGAUUGCGAUGAAGAACCCAAAUGUGGCCGCUGUGAAAAAAAGGUGCAGGUAUAAAAAUAUUUGAGCAUCUCUUCAAAACAAAUUGUCUUAUUUAUUUUUUUGGGGACUAUUUCUUUUGUUAUGGGCAAGCAGUAAAUAUGACUGUUUAGAGAAAAAAAUGAACAUGGAAAAAAAUAAAAUUAUUAAAAAGGUUAAUUUUUGGUAGAUGUUUGCAAUGUUUAUGGCUAAUUGUACAUUGUUGUCACUUCAGUGAAUGCACUGCAGUGAAGUGAAUAUCUGUUUCUUUCGUCUGGUGCAGUCACCACAGGGAGCAACUACAAGCAACGUGGCUAUCUCACUUCUCUCAACUUAAAAAACAAACAAACCAGGGAUCACCUGACCAUCCCAGCACUACUAAAGGCUGCGAUAAAGCAACUCCUGGUUGCGGGUUAGUUUACAGACGCACUCAUACAUUCAUACACUCAGGAUAAGAAGGAUCUUAUAUCUUAACAGGGAUGUUGCUCUUCUUACAAAAGUAGUCAUAGAUGUGAAUGACACACAGAUACUUACUGGACUGUCUCUGCUUUUACAUGUCAUAGAUGUUUUUUUGGUUGACACAUAUCCUUUUUAAACAAAAAAAAAAGACUAAAAUCAAUAAAUCCGUAUAGAGGUGAGAUGAGGUCACAACCUGAAGAGCCAUAAGGGGGUGUAUGUCACUGGCACUGCUGCUUUGGAAACGUGUCUCUUUUUAGUGGUGAACACAACCUGGUGCGAGCUGUAAGUGGAUACGCCACAUACAAGUCUCCAAGGGGCCAAUGCAACUGUAACUGCACCAUCAAUCAACUAAUGUAACUGGAUAUGACUGAACAAUAAUAAAAUAUGUGGAAAAAUCUACCCUGAGGAUAGGUGGCAUUUUUUGGGUCCCCACAUAGCAUUGAUCCGUCACAUGGAAUGUGAGAGGAAUGAUGAUUGUAUUAGGAUGCAAUCAGCGAGAAGUGGUGUUGAAUUGACUGAAGUAGGCCCGACUGGGUUUGUUGGUGUACAGCUGAUUGUUCAGGUACUGCUGACUGGAUGGGGCGAAAAACAGAAAUAAACCAAAAAUGGGCAACAAAGUCAGGAUUAAAUCAAUUACGGUUUCUUCUGGCUGCUCACUGUGCUUGUUGUUCUUGGGCCAGCUGCAUGUUGAACUGGUCUGACUGCAGCCGCUUUGCUCUCCUUAACUCAACCAUUCUCUGUUCCUCUUCCUGAGCUUCUCUGGAGUCCUUUAAGAUGUGAGCGUUCCAAGCUUCGUCCCGAUUCUUCUCAAAAACUCGCCGUCUCUUAUCAUGACAAAAUAGGUUUUGUGUCAGAUAAUCAAAUAUAUUCUUUGAUUCAUUUUGUUCUGGUCACAUGCAUGCACACUCACAGCAGAACCCCAAUUUAAGAGUGCCCUGAUUUUAGAGGGUUUUGAGAUAAAAAUUGUCUCUAAGGAAACAUUUUAGUUACAAGCAUGUCAGGCAUUAGUUGGUCUAAAACCCCACAGUGUAUUUCGCUACUUGCCUGUCUGCAGCCUCAGGAGUCGGAAAAUAAAUAAAAAAUAAAUAAAAUAAAAAACAGUUUUUGGUUAAUUUUGUCACUCCUUAUGACUUGACAUUUCUAUUUUUCUUAUAAAAAAUAUUAAAUGAAAAUCCAACUUUUUUUUAGACUUAGUUAUUUAAUUUUGACCUUCAAAAACAAGAAUGCUGUGUUUUUAAAUUAUUUCUGUUAUUGUUUAAAGAUUAAAUUCUAAUUUUGUUUCCCCAAUGCCCAUUCAUUAAAAAAAUCAAUGACCAAAUUAUACACUGACCAAUAAAACUAAAUAUGGAAAUACAUUUGUUUUCAACCACGGGAAGGAAGAAAGCGAGUGUAAAGGACAGUGCUGAGAAGAAGAAAUGGAUGAUAAUCAUUUAAUUAAAGAAAUAAAUAAUCAAAAACUUGACAGAGCUUGUCGCCAACUAUGAAAAGUAAUUUGAGUGUAUCACUGCUAGUGUGCACCUUACUGAAGCAGAUCAAACGCCAGUCAAAAAUUUGUUAAAAUAAUAUACAACCAUAAACAUUUAUCCAUGAAAAUAUGAAAAUGCUGCUGACUGUGUGAUUGACAGCGAAGCAGCUGGAAGGAGAUACCGUAAAAGUCCACUCUCCUGGGUAUAUGUUGUACAUUAUUAUUACAUUACUCCAUAAAACUAUUGUGUAGUGGUUAGUACUACAAUCUGUUUUUAUUGUUUUUAUGUGUUUUGGUAUUCAGUUCCUGUCCAGCACGCUCAUGUUUCAUUUAACUUUCUGUUGGUCUCCAUUCUUUGCUUCUUUACCUCUGCCUGAGCACUGUUUCCCUAACAUGUUCCACUAUUGGCAAUCAGGAGACACACCUGUCCUUGGUUGUUAAUCAGAUGGCUUCUGAAGAUUCAUUGUCUUUAAUACUCUUACACAUCACGCUGAACCCACUGGUCCUCCUACGUUUACGUUUUUUGCCUCUGCCUUAGUUACCCCUUUGGCUUUUUGUUAGUUGAGUUUAUUGACUCACCCGUGGACCUUUGUUUCUUCCACCCUGGUGUGGCCUUAUUUUUCAUGUUUAAAAAUACUACUUUUCCGACAGGCUCUCUCUAUUCUCUGCAUCCUGGGGUCACGCCAACAACGCCAAGCUCUCUUCAUGAGACAUUCUAGUCUACUGUAUUGUUUUCCAAACAAUAUUCUGUAUAUAAAAGUAGUUUUUUCUUUUUAAAAGGUGUGUUACUUGUUACAAUUGUGCUGUUUUGGAGGUGGUGCUCCGUCACAGAACCAAUUAAACUCAUAAGUUGA